AUGAACAUCGCUGGCCCUUCAUGGUCGAAUAUUACCUCAGUGUAUAAAGAAGAAAUGCAUGAUGAGCCUCAAAUUCCAACAAUGAUCACAUGGAUCCAUGGUGGGUGGGAAGUUUAUGUGGUCGGAUCGUGGGAUAAUUGGAGAAAAAGGAAGCGCAUGAGGAGAACAGGGAAGGAGUUCGUCAUUAUGAGAAAAGCUCCUUCUGGAGUUUAUCGAUACAGGUUCAUUGUUGAUGGACAGUGGAGGUAUGCCCCUGACAUCCCGUGGGAGCUGGAUGGAGCAGGCAAUGUUUGCAAUAUCUUAGACUUGAAGGAUUAUGUCCCAGAUGCAACUGAGAGCAGAGCCAGUUUCGAGCACCCUCAAUCUCCUGAUUCCAGCUACAACAAUGUGUGCCCUGGCCCCGAGGACUACGAGAAGGACCCACCAAUGGUUCCUCCACAUCUUGAGCAUACUUUGCUGAAUGCUCCAGCACCUCACAUGGAGAUUCCACCUCCUCUUUCAAAACCUCAACAUGGAGUGUUGGACCAUCUCUACAUGCAGAAGGAUAUGAGCACCCCAUCUGUGGUUGCACUCGGUUCGACUUCUCGGUUCCAGGCCAAAUAUGUGACAGUUGUGCUUUACAAAUCGACACAGGGACGGGGUUGA